GAGCCUUUGUUGGGGCUGGCCGGAAUCCGGCCGAGCGCCCGAGGGGUCUGGGGCAGGAGGCUGACCCGGGCCCUCGCCCAAGCUGGUCCGGCUGCCUCUCCUCUGCGCUGUGGCCUGAAGGCUCACCUUUCGGGCCCCUCCGGGCCGUGCGCGCCGCCGGCACGCGGAUGUAAGCCGGAGCAUCUGAGUCCCACGUAAGCACCACUGAGGGCUGCUUUCUGCCACCCACAGACCUGGCCUUCAGGCUGCUCCCGAGCCAAUGAACCCCGUGAACCCCAUGAAACCCGCCCUGCCCCCCACGCCACACGGUGAUGGUCCGUUCGCUUACGAGGCGGUGCCUUGGCGACAGGGUGCCGCUCAGCCGGCAGGAUCGCUGUCCGUGGUCACAACCGUGUGGGGAGUCGGCAACGCGGCGCAGAGCCAGGUUUUGGGGAACCCCAUGGGCCCCACAGGGAGCCCCCCCGGCAGCUCCAUGAUGCCUGGCGUGGCGGGCGGCGGCUCUGCCCUGAACUCCCCGCAGUGCCUGGGACAGCAGGCGUUCGGUGAGGGCGGUGCCAACAAGGGCUACGUGCAGCGAGGGGUGUACGGCCGCGGGGGCUACCCCGGGGGCCCCGGCUUCACCGCUGGGUAUGCGGGCGGCCCGGGGGGGCCGGGGGGCCUGGGCCUCCCCUCACACGCCGCACGGCCCUCCGCCGACUUCACUCAAGCAGCGGCAGCCGCUGCUGUGGCUGCUGCUGCCGCCACGGCCACAGCCACGGCCACAGCCACCGUGGCUGCCCUCCAGGAGAAGCAGAGCCAGGAGCUGAGCCAGUACGGAGCGGUGAGGCCCCGCAGCUCCUCCUGUGCGGCCCGUAUGGGGGCCGGACAGUCUUUUAACAGCCAGUUCCUGCAGCACGGCGGUCCCCGGGGGCCCAGUGUCCCCAGCAGCAUGAACCCUGCCAGCGUGGGAGGGCUGAUGGGCCCCUCCGGCAUGAGCCCCAUGGGCAUGAACCCCACCCGGGCAGCGGGCCUGGCGCCCCUGUACGCAGGGCAGCGCCUGCCCCAGCACGGGUACCCUGGGCCCCCCCAGGCCCAGCCCCUGCCCCGACAGGGCGUCAAGAGAGCCUACUCCAGUGAGGUGUAUCCCGGGCAGCAGUACCUGCCAGGAGGCCAGUACACGCCCGCCGCCACCCAGUAUGCGCCUGGCCCCGGGCAGCCCCCUGCCCCGUCCUCCUACCCUGGGCACAGGCUGCCCCUGCAGCAGGGCACGGGCCAGUCCCUGUCCACCCCCAGCCCCGCGGGACUGCACUACAAGCCCGCAGAGCAGUUCAGCGGGCAGGGUGCCAGCUUCAACGGGGGGAGCGUCAGCUACAGCCAGCCCAGCCUGAGUGGGCCCGCCCGUUCCAUCCCCGGCUACCCCAGCUCCCCACUGCCAGGGAGCCCCACGCCGCCCAUGACCCCCGGCAGCAGCAUCCCCUACAUGUCCACCAGCCAGGAGGUCAAGUCGCCCUUCCUGCCCGACCUCAAGCCCAGCGUGAGCAGCUUGCACCCGUCACCACCCGGCAGCAGCCCCUGUGACGAGCUGCGGCUGACCUUCCCCGUGCGGGACGGAGUGGUCCUGGAGCCCUUCCGUCUGCAGCACAACCUGGCCGUGAGCAACCACGCCUUCCAGCUCCGUGACUCCGUCUACAAGACCCUGAUGCUGAGGCCGGACCUGGAGCUGCAGUUCAAGUGUUACCACCACGAGGACCGGCAGAUGAGCACCAACUGGCCGGCCUCGGUGCAGGUCAGCGUCAAUGCCACCCCGCUCACCAUCGAGCGCGGCGACAACAGGACCUCCCACAAGCCCCUCUACCUGAAGCACGUGUGCCAGCCGGGCCGCAACACCAUCCAGAUCACCGUCACGGCCUGCUGCUGCUCCCACCUCUUCGUGCUGCAGCUGGUGCACCGGCCGUCCGUCCGCUCGGUGCUGCAGGGUCUCCUCAAGAAGCGCCUCCUGCCUGCCGAACACUGCAUCACCAAGAUAAAGCGGAACUUCAGCAGCGGCACCAUCCCUGGCACCCCUGGGCCCAACGGAGAGGACGGGGUGGAGCAGACGGCCAUCAAGGUGUCUCUCAAGUGCCCCAUCACCUUCCGCAGGAUCCAGCUCCCUGCCCGAGGCCACGACUGUCGCCACAUUCAGUGCUUCGACCUGGAGUCCUAUUUACAGCUCAACUGUGAGCGAGGGACCUGGAGGUGCCCCGUGUGCAACAAGACGGCAUUGCUGGAGGGCCUGGAGGUGGACCAGUACAUGCUGGGCAUCCUUAUUUACAUUCAGAACUCUGACUACGAGGAGAUCACCAUCGACCCCGCGUGCAGCUGGAAGCCAGUGCCUGUGAAGCCCGACGUGCACGUCAAGGAGGAGCCGGACGGGCCGGCGCUGAAGCGCUGCCGCACCGUGAGCCCCGCCCACGUGCUCAUGCCCAGCGUGAUGGAGAUGAUCGCUGCCCUGGGCCCUGGGGCCGCGCCCUUCGCCCCCCUCCAGCUCCCCUCAGCCCCGGCCGCUGGCGAUUACCCCAGCCAGGGUUCCAGCUUCCUGGGACCCGGGACGUUCCCCGACUCCUUCCCACCCACCACGCCCAGCACCCCGACCCUUACUGAGUUCACCCCGGGGCCACCCCCCGUCUCCUAUCAAUCCGACAUUCCCAGCAGCCUCCUGACACCGGAGAAAUCUGCCCCCUGCCUCCCAGGCCAGAUGGCACCAGCGGGUCACCUGGACCCGGCCCAUAACCCUGGGCCUCCGGGGCUGCACGCCCCCAACCUUGGAGGCCCCCCAGGGCCCCAGCUGCACCAUCCAAACCCUCCCCCGGCAUCCCGGCAGCCCCUGGGCCCAGUGAAUUCGGGUCCCAUCGGUGAGCUGGCCUUCAGUGCUGCCACAGGCAUGAUGGGGCCCCCCGUGUCUGGGGCAGGGGAGGCCCCGGAACCGGCCCUGGACCUGCUCCCAGAACUGACUAACCCUGACGAGCUGCUGUCCUACCUGGGCCCACCCGACCUCCCCACAAACAGCAAUGACGACCUGCUCUCUCUCUUCGAGAACAACUGAUCCUGUCGACCACCUGGCCGACGGGGACAUG